CCCCAUAUGACCCGCCUCCAACGCAGGCCACCGACCAAUCGGGAAGCGCUUUCACCUAUACGUAAUGACGUUUCCGCCUUCGCGCGCAUGCGCAGUUUCAUUUCGUCCAGAGCUCCUCACGGUUCACAUCGAAGAUGGCGGCAGGCUUCGACCUGCUGGUGGAGGAUUCUCUAAUUAAAAGAGUGGGCAAGAAACUUUUUAGCGAGAUUGCAGGUUGUGCCAGAAACGAGCGCAGCACAUUUUAUUGCAUUAACUCCGAGGGAAGAGCACGGGCAGUUGUAAAGAACAAUGCUAACUACGGGAUAGGAGGGAAUGCAACUAGCUAACGUUAACAUUUGUGAGCAAAGAAGCUAUUGGCUACGAGACUUGUUUUUAAAGCAGGUAAUCUCGCAGUGUGUUAAACUGCGCUACGCGGUCAAAAUAUUUCUUCACCACACGAGUUAAAGAGAUAAGGGCGCUCGAUAGAGCCUCGUUUCCAUCGUGAGCCGCGCUCCCCUCACUCUUCACACGGUUGUUUCCUACUUCGCAGACGUACAGGAGGGAAAAGGGGACGGUUUCUGAGUCCCGGCUGUUAGCUGUGGAUGCGAAUUAAAACACGGAUUUACACUCGCCGCUUCGCUAGAGACUUCAGCGGAGCACGGCUAACGCGAUCCGGUGUCUCCAAAUGCUAUGGUAACUACUUUGCCUGGCCACGAAGUCAAGCUCGGGACGUCAACAGUACAAACUUUGGACGGAGGCGAUGCGAUGGAUCCGCGUUCAGAAAGCACGCCAGCGUCGAGCGGCUCCUCGAGCGAUACAACCGCUUCAGCUCCCGUUAACGUUACCGUGCCGGUGGUCAACAACGGGCCCGGUAUAGCGAAAGGACUUGUGACUGCAUCUUCUACUUCAAACACCGUGAUCCAGGCGUCUUUCGUGAACGCGCCGAGCGCGCCAGGCGGAACCGCCACCGCCACCAUCAGGUCAUCUAUGCAACCCGCGACUUUAACCAUUAACGGGAAUAACAGUAACGCCAGCUGUGUGCUGACAGCUGCGCCGCUCACGCACGCGCAGCCUCCUGUCAACGUGAGCGUGAGUCCGGCGGUGCCAAUCAAAGCCGAGUCACCGCAGACCGUGAUUCAGAGCGCGGCCCAUACCGGAUCUCCGCAGGUCUCCCCCGGGGCAGCCAAAGGCGCAGGGCUGAUGCAUGCGACGACGGCGGUGAGAGGCGGAGCCCCGGUGACAGGAGGCGGGGCUCCGGUGACAGCAGCCGCGGCGGGAGGCGUGAGGACCAUCGCGCCGCAACAGGUGCUCGCGCCCCGCCUCCCACAGAGCACCCCGGGUCACCCCAGCAUCCACAACAUCCAACUUCCUCCAGGUAUGGUGCUGGUGCGAAGCGAAGCCGGCCAGUUGCUCAUGAUCCCUCAGCAAGUGCUGGCUCACAUGCAGGCCACACGCGCUGCAACUCCUGCCAGCACCACGCCCGGACAGGUCACCUCCACACAGCACGUCACUGACGGGUCUUUCCUCUUAGAGAGAGUGACAGAGAGAGAGAGAGAGUCCGAGAAAGAGACCGAGGGAGAGCGUGAGCGAGACAGACAGACAGAGAAAGAGACAGAGAGAGAGGGAGAAAGAGAGACAGAGAGCGAGAGAGAGAGAGUAAGAGGGAGAGAAGAAAUGCAGAGCAGCUACUGGCUAAAUCAUGACCAUGCUGGAACCCCUGGCGCAACCAUCAUGGCCAGACCAGUGACUCCCACCACCAUCAUCAAGCAGGGAUCACCCACAACCAGCAGCACCACUGCUCCCACACUGCAGAGACCACCUGUACAGCCGGCGUCGGUGGGCUCUGUGUUGGCAGUGCAGCCGGGUACCGCCCAGAGGAUGGUAACUCCCACUACGGGGACCAGCGUCACCUUGGCAACGGAGACGAUGGAAAAUGUGAAGAAGUGUAAGAACUUCCUGUCCACGCUGAUCAAGCUGGCCACCAGUGCGAAGCAGUCAUCGCAAACGGCUGCUAACGUCAAAGAUCUGGUUAAGAACUUGCUGGAAGGGACGAUUGAAGCGGAGGACUUCACCAGCAGGUUAUACAAGGAGCUUAACUCUUCACCCCAGCCUUAUCUCGUGCCUUUCCUAAAGAGGAGUCUUCCUGCGCUGAGAAAACUCACCCCGGACUCGCUGGCCUUUAUCCAGCAGAGCCAAGGCCUGCAGCCCACCAGACCUGCAGCCACUGUGGUGCUGACCAACACUACAACGGCUAAUGCUGCCACUGUUGCUACCGCAACUCCUGCUGCAUCUGUACCUUCUGCAACUCCAUCGAUUUCCGCAGGGACUGCAGCAACCAUCGCAUCUGCUGCAGUUGCCACGGCCCCGCGCACACUCACCCAGCCCUCUCUUGCCACCACCAGCCAGCCUGCUUCACUGGUGUUGCAGUCUCAGCAACAGGGUGCGAUUGUGAAGUCCCCCCAGGUUACCCUGGCUACUCCCAUGGUAACGCUCAGGGGUCAGCCGCACAGCCGCAUCGUAGUGGGGCAACCUCAAGUGCAGGUCAAACAGCUUAACACAGUGGCUGUGAAGCCCGGGAUGGUGAGUGGAGCGAAGGUCUCUCCCAGCCCCGUGGCUUUUAAUGCAGCUCAGAAGAACAAGCUGAAGGAUGCCUCUGGGGGGACGUUCAAGGAUGAUGAUGAUAUCAAUGAUGUAGCCUCCAUGGCAGGCGUGAAUCUAUCGGAGGAGAGCGCACGAAUCCUGGCCACCAACUCCGAGUUAGUGGGGGCCGUGACUCGCUCAUGCAAGGAUGAAGCCUUUCUGUUCUCAGCCGCACUGCAGCGCAGGAUACUGGACAUCGGUAAACGUUUUGGAGUGACGGAUCUGGGUCCCGAGGUGGUAAACCUGGUGUCUCACGCCACUCAGCAGAGACUGCAGAACCUUUUAGAGAAAGUCACCGUCAUUGCACAGCAAAAGAACAUGAACUAUAAGGAGGAUGCACGGUUCGAGCAGAUGACUGAUGUUCGCGCACAGCUGAAGUUCUUUGAACAGCUGGACCAGCUGGAAAAACAGAAGAAGGAAGAGCAGGAGAGGGAAAUUCUAAUGAAGGCAGCCAAGUCUCGGUCUCGGCAGGAGGACCCAGAGCAGUUGCGGUUGAAACAGAAGGCCAAAGAGAUGCAACAGCAGGAACUCGCUCAGAUAAGACAGAGAGAUGCCAACCUGACAGCGCUGGCUGCUAUCGGACCCAGGAAAAAGAGGAAACUUGAUUCGCCUGCUCUCGGCACUGACGCAGAGGGUUCCGGGUCUUCAGCGAGCUCGUCUGCGGGUUUGAGUGGCGGCGCGUCACGGCAGUUCACCCGCCAACGCAUCACACGCGUAAACCUCAGGGAUCUGCUGUUCUGUCUAGAGAACGAGAAAGAAAGCACCCGCUCCCAGCUGCUCUACCGGGCUCUGCUCAAAUAGCAGCUCGAUUAGAGAGCAGUGCUCACAUGAACGUCUGAUUACGGAGCAGAAUAAUUACAGUGCGGCGCUCCGGUCGCAGCUCCAUUUCAGAGCAGUGCUCAAAUAGAAGGUGGAGUAGAGAGCACUACAGCACAGCCUGAUUACAGAGCAGAGUUCAGACAGCGGCGGCUCUGUCGAGCUGAUGGGCUGCGUUUCAACAGCAGCGUCUCUGACGAAUGCGGCUCCACUGGAUGCUGCGUUAAUAGCGAAUCCUCUACUGUGCACAGCUCGAGUAGCGGAAAGCGUACGGCAGCGCUGCUCACAUAGCGACCUGGCUCUACUGCUCCGUCUCGCGUCCAGCCGUCGUCUUCUCUCCUCCCGGUGUGUCAUCUUAUCUUUGUCUUUCUUUCUCAUGCCAUCUUUGUAUCAGUUUCGCUCUCAUCCAUUGUUUUAUCUACACUCUUUGCUAACUUAGUCAUUCAAACUCCCACACUCUUUCUCAAGGUCUCUUACUCCUGUCCGCCUUCCCCCCCCCCAGCUCACUCUGUUCCACGUUGUUUUUAGCUUCCCUGUGCUCUCGAUUUUAAUCUAAUGAAAAUGUGUCUAAAGAAAUUUGCAGUUAUAUAUUCAUUGUUUUUCUUAGAGGGUGGCUUUGUAAUGUGCAAAUUGCCGAUGUAAGAAAAAAAAAAAGAAAAAAAAAAAGAAGAGAA